AUGGACCAGGACUAUGAGCGGCGCCUCCUGCGGCAGAUCGUCAUCCAGAAUGAGAACACGAUGCCGUGCGUGGCGGAGAUGCGGCGAACCCUGACCCCUGCCAACUCUCCUGUGUCCUCCCCCAGCAAGCACGGAGACCGCUUCAUCCCCUCACGAGCCGGUGCCAACUGGAGCGUGAACUUCCACAGGAUCAAUGAAAAUGAAAAAUCCCCCAGCCAGAACCGGAAAGCCAAGGAUGCCACCUCGGACAAUGGCAAAGAUGGCUUGGCCUACUCGGCGCUGCUUAAGAACGAGCUGCUGGGCGCUGGCAUUGAGAAGGUUCAGGACCCACAGACAGAGGACCGCCGGCUGCAGCCCUCCACGCCUGAGAGGAAGGGCCUCUUCACGUACUCCCUCAGCACCAAGCGCUCUAGCCCCGAUGAUGGCAAUGACGUGUCCCCGUACUCCCUGUCCCCCGUCAGCAAUAAGAGUCAGAAGUUAUUGCGGUCUCCACGGAAACCCACGCGCAAGAUCUCCAAGAUCCCCUUCAAGGUCCUGGACGCUCCUGAGCUGCAGGACGACUUUUACCUGAACCUGGUGGACUGGUCCUCCCUCAACGUGCUCAGCGUGGGGCUGGGGACCUGCGUAUACCUGUGGAGUGCCUGCACCAGCCAAGUUACCCGGCUCUGUGACCUCUCCGUGGAAGGGGACUCAGUGACCUCCGUGGGCUGGUCUGAGAGGGGGAACCUGGUGGCUGUCGGCACACACAAGGGCUUCGUGCAGAUCUGGGACGCCGCUGCGGGGAAGAAGCUGUCCAUGCUGGAAGGCCACACCGCGCGUGUCGGGGCGCUGGCCUGGAACGCUGACCAGCUAUCGUCCGGGAGCCGGGACCGCAUGAUCCUGCAGAGGGACAUCCGCACGCCCCCGCUGCAGUCAGAGCGGCGGCUGCAGGGCCACCGGCAAGAGGUGUGCGGGCUCAAGUGGUCCACCGACCACCAGCUCCUCGCCUCGGGAGGCAACGACAACAAGCUGCUGGUGUGGAACCACUCGAGCCUGAGCCCCGUGCAGCAGUACACGGAGCACCUGGCCGCCGUCAAGGCCAUCGCCUGGUCCCCCCACCAGCACGGGCUGCUGGCGUCCGGGGGUGGCACGGCUGACCGCUGCAUCCGCUUCUGGAACACACUCACGGGGCAGCCACUACAGUGCAUUGACACCGGCUCCCAGGUGUGCAACCUGGCCUGGUCCAAGCACGCCAACGAGCUGGUGAGCACGCACGGCUACUCACAGAACCAGAUCCUGGUCUGGAAGUAUCCCUCUCUGACCCAGGUGGCCAAGCUGACCGGGCACUCCUAUCGGGUCCUGUAUCUGGCCAUGUCCCCUGAUGGAGAGGCCAUCGUCACCGGUGCUGGAGAUGAGACACUGAGGUUCUGGAAUGUCUUUAGCAAAACCCGUUCAACAAAGGAGUCCGUGUCUGUCCUCAACCUCUUCACUAGGAUCCGGUAA